GAGGCCGUCCUUAAAUGACCUUAGCUGUUAAUAGGACGUUUAACAAAUCAAACCAAACCAAAAUCGUGUACACAUUGGUAUUCUUACAUAUUGAAGUAUGAAGGCCAUUUACCAUUUGAUGGGAUUGCAUUGAUCUACAAUCUAAAGGAGAAAGUAAAGAUAAAAAAGAAAGACUGAUCUGUCUUUUAAAAGCUGUCGGUUUAUACUACAUGAUACAGUAGCUAUGUCCAUAUAAUUCUAAAUCAUACGUUAGCAUACAAAUAUAUUCUUACAUGUUUUGUGUCUUGCCAGUUUUUACUCGCCAUUAUCUUUUGGAUGGGCCGUUAAGAAUGUAAUUACUAAAUAUUCUAGCAGCAAUUUUGGGAUCACCAGAAUUAAGCAUGUACCGAGGAAAACGCAAUAUCUACAGGUAUCAGUAAACCAUCGUCGUUGAUUAUUGUUUCAGUGAAACCAUUGUGUUAAUUCAGAUGUCAUGGAAUAUACCUCGUAAAUUUAGUGUCGGUAAAAUGUAUGUAGAUUCAGGUUUCAUAGAAACCAUCUUAUUGUGUUAAUUCUGAUGUCAUGGAAACCAUCGACGUUAAUUCAGGUGUAAUGGAAUCCAAUGCGUUAAGUUUGUGUCAAUAAAACUUGCGUUAAUUCAUUUUUUAUGGAGACCGUCUCAUUGUGUUUAUUCUGAUGUCAGUGAAACAAUUUUAUUUCAUAUGGAUACUUUAAUAUUCGUGGUGUUGUGGCUAUAACUGCUCUAUUGAAAAUAACUGUAAAGCCCGUAUUAUCUUUUCGUCACAUGAUUUUCACCAUAAUGGUAUAAAAAGAGAAAUGUCAUGCGCAAGUUAGCAGUAGUCAUGACGAUCCGCGUGGCCGUGAUAGGAGCGGGUGCAGCAGGUCUGUGCGCUCUGCGCCAUCUCACCACUAGACAACCACAGUUCGAAGCCGUGUGUUUCGAACAGAACAGUCGUCCUGGUGGUACAUGGAUUUACACUGACCAGACUGGCGUGGAUGACCACGGUCUCCCCAUUCAUUCCAGUAUGUACAAGAAUCUUAGGUCAAACCUCCCAAAAGAAGUGAUGGCUUUCCCUGAUUUUCCUUUCCGGAAGGAUCUUCCAUCUUUCAUACGGCAUGAAAAUAUGUUAGAAUAUCUGGAAAGUUAUGCAGAUCGCUUUGAUUUGUUAAAGUAUAUAAAGUUCUCCACCAUAGUGAAUUUGGUCAAUCCACAAAAGUCCUCCGACAGGGUUAUCUGGCAAGUGACAUAUACUACUCUGGGAGACUCUGAUUUAACUAUCACAGAAACGUUUGAUGCCGUCAUGGUUUGUAAUGGUCAUAACUCUGUACCGCUUAUACCAGUGAUUCCCGGACUGGAUCUAUUCCAUGGUAAAGUUAUGCACAGCCAUGACUAUCGUUAUCCGUCCGAAUUCGAGGGGCAGCGUGUUGUGUGCCUGGGUGCUUCCUCGUCAGGUCAGGACAUCAGUCUGGACUUGUCAUCUGUUGCUCAAAAGGUACAAAUCCCUCUCUGCCAAACUGUAAAACUCCUCCUAAAACCAUGUCUACAGACGUAUCUACCUGAUAAUCUGGAACAAAAACCAGGAAUCAAGUACGUUACAGAACAUUCAGUUGUGUUUGAAAAUGACGAGGAAGUGAUGGUGGACGCGAUAAUAUUCUGCACUGGCUAUAUGUUUACUUUCCCUUUCCUUUCUCCGGAGUGUCACGCAAAAGUUGAAAAUGAACGUGUUACUCCCCUAUACAAGCACGUCAUUCACACUGAGUAUCCAUCUUUGUCCAUAAUUGGUAUACUAAAAUUAACUUGCGCAUUUCCAAGCUUUCACCAUCAAGUACUCUUCGUGAUUGCGACAUUAGAUGGCACUGUGGAGCUACCGGGUCGUGAGGAGAUGGAUGCGGAUACAGAUAAAGACUUCCGCAGAAGGUUAGAAAGAGGAAUGCCUGAACGAUACGCUCACACCAUGGGCUCCCUUCAGUGGCGGUAUAAUGAAGAAAUUGCUGAUCUUGUAGGAUUCGAGCAUCUUUCUCCUGUUCUUGAAGAGAUAGUUGAUGCAGUACUUCUAACACGCGAUAAGGACAUUGUACACUUUAAGACCAUAAAAUAUGAACUGACAGAACAGAACACGUAUGUAGCUAUUAACGGGAAACUAAUGUAAUUGGUAUUCCUUCUAUGAAACAAGUUCGACUGUACAAUCUGUAUGUUAUUAGUACCAGUAUCAACGGUUGGUGUUUCAAAUCAAUCGUAGUUUGUUUUUAAAUAGUUUUGUUUUCUGUAUUUUCAUGACGUUCCCGAGUAGUAUUUCCCUGUUUUCACAUGUUGACGUCCAUUAUAUAUUUGAAACUACUAUCCAAUAACAUAUAAAAUAUUAUUAGGAAUUUGGUAAGGGUCAGUUGUUCACGUCUAUUAUGUGUCAACAUUACGUUGACACUCCUGCAACCCGAUUGGUUUUCUCUGCUAUAUUAAUUAAUCUAUAGUUGAUAUUACAAGCAAAUCGGAGCAACGUUCGGUAUUAAUUAUCUAACGUCAUA